AUGGUGUCGGAUAACAGCUUCUGCAGACAGAAGAGGACUAAAACAGAUGGAAACGUAUGCAUGGAUACCUACUCACUCCUCUACAGUUCCUCACACAGAACCGGACUCCUCUCUGGCUUCCAGCGUUUGCGGGACCAGAAGAAGAUGUGCGAUGUUGUCUUGGAAGCAGGCGGUGUUUCCUUCCCGUGUCAUCGCAGUCUUUUGGCGAGCUCCAGUGACUACUUCUGGGCCCUUUUUGGAGAGACAACCGCAGAGAGAUCAGCAGACUCCAUCAGGCUCCCGGCGCUGACGCCUGAAGGUUUGGAAGCCAUUUUGGAUUUCUUAUACUCAGGGUGGUUGAGCAUUUCUUCCUCCACACUUCCUGUUGUCGUGGAAGCAGCCCGGUACCUCCAGGUAGAGGCGGCGCUGUCAAUAUGCGAGCGAUUUAUGGCGGAUGGCUUAACUGCAGAUAAUUGCUGCUACUAUGCUAAUCUGGCUGAGCAACACUUCCUCUUGAAUGCACUUGAGGCUGCAAAUCAAACCAUUGCCAAGAAGAUGGCGGUUCUGCUGCAGAAAAGCAGGGUUGAUCUCCUUGGGUUGAACUUUCCAUCGCUGAUGGCGGUGCUAGAUGCAGAUGAGAUACCUGGGGCCAAGGAGGUGGAUCUCAUAAGACUUUCUCUAGACUGGCUGGAUGAAAAUGGGCCCCUUCCUCUGCUAAAGUCAAACCUUCUGCUGAGUCGUCUACGUUUCGGAUUGGUUGCGCCUUCAGACCUUUCUGACCUUUGCCACGGAAACAGGGCCAUGGCCACUCCUCUGAUCAGAAGUCAGCUGACUCGGGCUCUUGAGUACCAUCAUAUGGGUUCAACUCAGCCAAUAGCACAAAGCAGGCAGUCGACCCUUAGAGGAUCACCCAAUAGUGUGCUUCUUGUUGGUGGUGGGGUUAGCCCUGAUUGGCCAGAACAACAAGUGCUAUCGUUCGACACCAGUAGCAGGAAGUUUUCAUUGCAAGGUUUUGUUCUACCUCUGAGACUCAGAAAUCCCUGCGUCUGUUCGGUGGGAGGUUUUCUCUUCGUGAUUGGCGGUGAAGACAUGAAAAAUAGCAAUGAGAAGUCUGUCACUGUUUCUACCUCAAGCCAAGCCUGGAGGUACGAUCCACGCUUCAACCACUGGAAGAAGAUGGAGUCCAUGCUAGAGAGGCGGGUGCAGUUCACCUGCUGUGUGGUGGAAGACGUCAUUUAUGCUAUUGGGGGACGACAGUCAAAUCUGGACUCCGUGACAUACACUUCCUUAGCUUCUGCUGAGUAUUGCGACAUGGCUUCAGGAGCAUGGAGGAGAGCUGCAGCGAUGCCUUGCCCUCUUCACGGCCACGCAUCUACCGUGCUUGACAAGAGCAUCUAUGUGUCAGGAGGACUCCCUGCCCACCAGUGCGGCAUCCAUGGCAGUAACCAGGAUGUAAACAGGGAAAUAAGUAGGGAAUGCCUCUCUUGGGACCUGACGGCCACACUCUGGGAAAAGAGGGCAUCCAUGUCCAUCCCAAGAUUUGGUCACCGAUUGGCAACUGCCCACGGCUACAUUUACGCCCUGCUGGGGAUGUACGAGCAGUUUUGUGACAUUGAAAGAUACGACGCGCAGUUGAACCACUGGACCCGCCUCAAACCACUUGCAAACGGCUUGUUCAGCUACGGGAUGUUAACCCUAGCAUGUGGGAAUCUGCUGGUAUUCGGCGGGAGGAGGUGGAGCGACGGACAGCAGGUGACUGUAAGGAACGUGCUGGAGUACGAUACGAAGAAAGAUCAGUGGAGAGAAAUCGCCCAGCUUCCGAGACCUCUGACUGGCACUGAGUGCACUCUGCUGCCUCUGCCGGACUAGUAGACCCAAUUUAACAUCUAUAAAAAAGUAGCGCCUUUAGAAUAACUGUUUAAUAAUCACAUUCAAUUGCCAUGAAGAAAAAAUAAAAAACUGUUGCUGAAAGCUUUAAUGCCAGUUGUAGAAAUGAGUUGUCUGAGAUAAAAAUUUGAUUAACGCUCAACACAUUUUCUUUCCACCUUAAAGCUGCAGUAGGUAACAGGUCUUAGCGCUGUCAAUCAACACUGGAU